AUGAACACAACAAGCAAUCACAGUAAUCGACAGCCUCAUACUACUCAUCCUCGAUCGAUGACUGCGGUGUCGACUACAGGGGCGCAGCAUACCCAGCAUCAACAUCAACAACAUACCGUUUCCUCAUCGUCAGCUGCUGGCCAGCAGCAACAAGCAUUUCCGACAACCAUACCUCCCGCCGUGAGCAUGUCAUCAACAGUAAUGGGCGGUAUGUCCUCUCUCCCACCUUCGAACGCACAGCAACAGAAUACCUUCCGACGAGCAAGUGUCGCAUCGUCAAUAACCACCGCCACGCUAGACGACGACCAGAUGGCAACACCGAUGUCCACUCCACGAAGUAUUGACCCCAACAGCAACAACCUCUACGGACCAGGACCAAGCAGCAUGGGGCUCGACAUGGGAAUGCUCGGAGGAGGCGGAGGCGGAGCAAUGAACGGGCUACUAGGCGGCAUCGGAUCCGGAAUGGGCAGCAGUUCCGGCAGCAUCCAACAACAACAACAACAACAACAACAACAACAACAACAACAACAACAACAACAACAACAGCAACAACAACAACAACAACAACAGCAACAACAACAACAACAACAACAACAGCCCAUCACCUCCUCCAGCCACAUCACCUCCAUGGCCAGCAUGUCCGGCAUGCCCAGCCUCACCACCAUGUCCACUGCCAAUUUCCCUACAAACCUCCCUCUACCCAACAUGUCCAUGCCCAUGCCCAUGUCCAGUCUCACCAACCUCACCAACCUCACCAACCUAGUACAAUCCCCCCACAGUCACAGUCACACCCACACCCACACCCACGCCCACGCCCACGCCCACUCCCCUCACUCCUCCCACACCGGCACCGGGCAAAAACCCAUCCGCCGCCGCAUGCGCAUGAUAACCUCCUGCCUCGAAUGUCGUCGGCGCAAGCUCAAAUGCAACAAGUGCAAGCCGUGCGUCAACUGCCAAAAGUUCAAUCGCGAAUGCCUGUACCUGGGUCCGAAGCUGGACGAGGCGUCGCAGAUGCGGUUGACGGAGAUCAAAGAGCAGGUGGGAUCUUUGGAGCGGGCGUUGGAGAGGGAUGUUGCUAAGGGCGCUGCUUCUUCCUCUUCCGGACACAGGGGGAUGGGGACUGGAAUGGGCAUGGGACUGGGUGGUGGAAUGGGGAUGGGAAUGGGGAUGGUGGGUAUGAGGAGGGGGAGUUGUGUGUCUAUUAGUUGGGAAAAGGGGGGAGAUGAUGGGGAUGAAGAUGAGGAUGGAGAAGGGGGCCCGGAUGUGGAUGGGGAACAUGAAGAAGGAGAAGAAGAUCUGGAGAUUACGCCGCUGGUGACGAACGAUGUGGCGUAUGAUGAGAAUGAGACGGACGAUGUGAUUGAUUUGGGGAUACAGGUGGGCAAGAUGAGGAUUACGGAGAGGAUUGGGGGGAUGAGUAGGCCUAGGUUGGCUGAGGAGAUCCAAGUCGGCAUUGGAAGUCCUCGCAUGGAGAACGCGUCCGCCCCCAACAACCCUAACGGAGUGCAGCAGCAGGUGGACACGGACAUGAACUACGAUGGAUACCACACCGUAAUCGACCAAGACGGAAACGUAACCGAACACGUCCCGGACUUCCUCCGUCCUAGCGCGGCAUACAUUCCUCCUACCAGCGGCUUCUUCUUUGGUCAAACUGGCCACCCCCCUUCGCUCAUCCACUUCUUGCCGGACAAGUUCAUCGGUGACGGGCUCGUGGCUCGAUACUUCUCCGCCGUGCACCCCAUUGCUCGAUGUGUCCACAAGCAGUCCUUUGAAACCCUGUACGACGGGUUCUGGCUAGAGGUGCUCAACAACAUCGAGCCGAGGGCGUCGGUGCAGGCGGUGGUGUUUGCUGCCUGGUUCAGUGCCUGUGUGAGUAUGGAGGAGGAGGAGGUGCAGAGGGAAUUUGGGUGGUACAAGACGCAGUUGCUGGAGAAGAUGAAGAUUGGGACGGAGAGCGCGCUGGCGAGGGCCAACUUUUUGAGGACGACCAAGGUCGAGACACUGCAGGCUUUUGUCAUGUACAUGAUCCCCCUCUGCAGAGAAGAAGUCUCCCGGGCUCACUCCGUCCUCGUCGGCGCCGCCGUCCGCAUGGCCGAAUGCAUGGGCCUCCACCGGGACGGCGAAGCCUUUGGUCUCAACCCCUUGGAAACCCACGUCCGCAGACUCAUCUGGCACCAGCUCUGCUUCCUCGACAUCCGGACCUGCGAAGCCCAAGGUCCCAAGCCCACCAUCCGACGAGAUGAUUAUGACACUCGCCUCCCCCUGAACUGCGAAGAAGACGCCUUCGUCAACCAUCCCGGCUACCCCGUAGUCCCACAAGACCACCAAUGGACCUCUUCCCUGCUAACCAUCAUGCGCUUCGAAGUCAACGAAAUGAUGCGCAUCAUAUGGUCCGACCGCCGCAAGCUCGAGGCCCGCAAGAUGGAACUCACCCCCGUCAUCGCCAAAAUCGAAAACUUCCGCAAGCGCAUGGUAGAAAAGUAUGCACCGUUGUUAGACGACCGGGUUCCCAUCCAACGAUACGCCAGAUACGUCAUGAACCUGCUCAUCUACCGACUACACGCCAUGGUGUUGCACCCGUACCACAGCAACACCGCCCACCCUUUACCCGAACGCUUGAACGGGCUCCUAGUAGAAAGCGGCAUCUUGAUCAUCGAGCACUCCAUCGCCCUCGAAACCACCCCUGAGUUCCGCGACUGGGCAUGGUACCUGGGUGCCUACCAGCAAUACCAAAUCGCCCUUUUGCUUGCAACGGAAAUCUACUACCGCCCCAACAACAGCAAAGCAGAUCGCAUCUGGGCGUGUCUGGAUUGGGUCUUCCAGCUCGAGCGCGAGAUGCCGAGACAGGAGAAGAGCUUGAGGAUCCUCACGGAAAUCAUGAGCAAGACGAGCGUGUACACGAGCAUGCGCAAGAUGCGGGCCCCGACGAACUUGGUCAGGGCGGUGCCGGGCAAGCAGGCCAUUAAGGAAUCACCUCCGCCGCCGACGCCGAUGAUGCAGACGUCGCAGCAGUCGUAUAGUGAACAUCAGCAGCAGCAGCAUGCUCAGCAACAAGCUCAGGCUCAACAGCAAGCUCAAGCCCAGCAGCAUCACCAUCAACAACAAAUGAUGAUCCAACAACAGCAACAGCAACAACCCUUAGUCCUCAAACAAGAACCAGGUCUCCAAACACCCACCAUGCCUCCAUCCUCCUCAAUGUCCAUGUCCGCCGCUGCCGCAAUGGCAUCAAUAAACACACUCUCCCUUCCACCCUCCAUGAACGCCUCCCUCUCUCCCGCUGAACACCACCACCACCAUCAGCAACAACAACAGUUGCUCCUCCUCCAACAGCAACACCAAGCUCACUCACAACAUAUCCACGCCCAAGCCGCUCAACAUCCUCACCAGCAACAACACCCUCACCAGUCUCAACACGCGCAGCACCAGCAACAGCAGCAACAACACCAACAGCCCGGUCAGCAUCCUCAUCAGCAUCCUCAUCAGCAGCAACAUCAACAACAACACCAUCAACAGCAACAUCAAUGGACCCACCAACACCACUGGCACUCCAACAUGCCACCACCGAACAUGGUUUACGCGGGAGUAUCAGACGGCGCAGUACUCUGGGGUUUGCCGCCGGGAAAUCCGGGGAGUCCGGAGAAUAAAUCCCUCUUCCCCACCCACCCCGAAACAGGCCAACCUUCUUUCCAAGCCUUCGCCGAGCCGGUGAUUUCUUUCGUGGACGGCGUGCCGGUUCCUACCAUGCCUUCAACACAGACACAGCAUCAACAUCAACAACAGCAACAACAACAGCAGCAACAACAACAGCAGCAACAACAAUCAAGUUCAUCGCAAGCGUUACCGGUACGAAGAGGGGGACCGGGGCAGGGGCAAGGAGGGAUGAAGGGCUCGGAAUAA